AAGAAAAAAGAAGAAGAAAACCUUUUUAUCCUGGAGAGAAAAUGUUGUUGAUCAGACUACUGCCUGUUUUCCUCGUUUUCAUCACGAACACUUUUCUGCUCAGCCCGGUUCGCUCCGAUGCCUUCGGCCGGCAUAAGCGCUCCUUGGCCCGGCGCGCAGACGCUGAGCUGUCCAGGACAGCAGCAGGUGAACCCUGCUUCGUCUCUCCGUCCCGGCGGCAGCCCCGCGCCCUCUCCCCGGCGCAACACCGCCCUCCAGCGGCCCCAGUGAGAACCUCCACCACUCGGAUCUCGCCCUUCACCCUCAAAGGCGCGCCAGAGGUUUGUCCCGUAGGUUGCGGGUUUGACACCGGGCUGCUGGAGGCCGAUCCGGCCGGGAGAGAGGAAGGAGGCAGGGGUGACUCUGAAGAUUUAGGAUACCCAGAAUUAUCCGAUCGGUUUCAUGAACGCAGUUACGCACACCAGGAAACGGAGCCAGAUUAUCCCGGUGGAGAUGCCCGGCGCGCGGAGGGAGUUUCUCAUGGCUCUCGCUCCAGGGUUUCCCGCAGCCUCGAAGUCAAACUUCGCAGCGAGAAAGACAACAACUCCAGGUGGGAGAAAGUUUCUCGAGAAAUCUCUGCAGCGGACGGGGUCCUCCACAGAUCGAGGCAAGAUGACAGAGACGGAGACAACCAGGCGUCUGCGGGGACGCUGGAGGAUGCUGUUGCCACGGAGGACUACUUUGGAGAGGAAACAGAUGGAGACUCUUCCUUUAACAGCUGGGGCACCCCCUUACCGAGAGUGCCCCCUUCUUGGAUGACUGCCCUGUACUUUAAGGGCCACCGGGAGCAGCUGAAGGUGAAACUGGCCCAAGGAGUGGAGCUGCCACGGGACAAGUUCAGCGUGGAGCUGUGGGUGAAAGCAGAGGGCGGGCAGAGCAACCCGGCGGUCAUUGCAGGUGUGUUUGACAACUGCUCGCAUUCACUGAGCGAGAAGGGCUGGUCGGUUGGCAUUCGCACCGUGGAGCCAGGCGGCACCAAAGAUGCACGGUUCUACUUCACGCUACGCACAGACAGAGCUGUGAAAUCCACAACUGUCUACAGCCACCAGCGGUACCGGGCUAAUGUCUGGACUCAUUUGAUGGCCUCAUACAAUGGUUACAACAUGACCCUGUAUGUAGAUGGGGCUAAGAUGGGAGAAAGCAGCCUCCAGUCUGGGGAUCUUUACAGUCCCUUCAUGCAGACUUGCAGGACUCUUUUUCUUGGCAGUAAACAGUCUGAUCUGGGUCAGAGCUUUAGAGGCCAUAUUGGAGGAGUGAUCCUGUGGGGUUAUGCUCGCUCGCAUGAGGACCUACUGAAACCACCACUUCAAAUCGACUUAAAUGAACCAGUUUUGGCCAUGUGGGCGGAUUUCUCCAAUGUGGACCGACUGUGGACUCCAUACAAAGCUGCCCUUCAUCCAAAUGUAAUCACCACUCCUGUACCAGAGCAAGAGCUUGUCUCCUCCUUCCUCCCACCAGCAUGUGGCCUGACAAGUUGCGACAACACAGACAUCAUCUCUGGCUACAAUAACAACUGGCAGCUUCGCACCCCGAAACACAUUCGCUACCGCAUUGUCAAUCUCUCAGACGAUGAUGGUGGGAAUCCAACUGUGACACCCGCCCAGAUCCAGGCCCAGCAUCAGGCUCUAAAUGAGGCCUUUCGGCCUUACAACAUCACCCUGGAGCUAAGUGUCCACAAUGUGAAAAACUCCAGCCUUCGAAAGAGAUUCAUUCUUAGUAACUGUCGAAUUGGCAAGAUUGGGAACCGGCAGUGUGACGCCGAAUGUGACCACCCAAGGACCGGCCAUGAUGGAGGUGACUGCCUCAGGCUAGGGCACUGUUAUAACUGGAAAAGACAGGAUGGGGUUUGUGACAUGGAGUGCAACACCAUUCACUAUGACUACGAUGAUGGGGACUGCUGUGAUCCAGACGUCACAGAUGUCCUUAAGACAUGCUUUGAUCCUGAAUCUCCUUACAGGGCUUAUAUGAGUGUGAAAGAACUAAAGGAUGAGUUAAACCUGAGCGGCAGCGACACACUCAAUGUGUUUUUUGCCAGCAACUCUGUACGAGAAGACCUGGCAGGAGCAGCAACUUGGCCAUGGGCAAAGGAGGCCCUCACACACCAAGGUGGGAUGGUCCUCAACCCAUCCUACUUUGGUACUACGGGCCACCAGAACACAAUGAUCCAUGAGAUGGGGCACAUAUUUGGAUUGUACCAUGUCUUUAAAGGGGUGAAUGAGAGGGAAUCCUGUGAUGACCCGUGUCAGGAAACAACCCCAUCAAUGGAGACAGGAGAUCUGUGUGCUGACACAGCACCAACCAUCAAAUCUAAAGCCUGCCAGGACCCCGAAGCGUUUAACGACUCCUGUGGAUUCACUAUCUACCGUAACACGCCAUACCGCAAUUACAUGAGUUACACAGAUGACAACUGUACAAACCACUUUACACCCAAUCAAGUUGCCAGGAUGCAUUGUUAUCUUGACUUGGUCUACCAGAAGUGGCUGACAGACAGUCACCCUGCCCCUGUUCCACUUCCCCCGAUAGUCACUGGACAAAGUACUAACUCUGUUUCCAUAUAUUGGCUCCCACCCAUGAGAGGGUCCCUUUUUCGAAGUUCCCCAUUUGAUGUGUCUGGCAUUGACUGUGGAGACUGCGAGAAAGACGGUGUUUUCCACCAGUAUGCCUUUCAGGCUUCCUCACCCCGUAUCUGUGACACAUCAGGCUACUGGACACCCGAAGAGGCAGUAGGGCCACCUGAUGUGGAACAAGCUUGUGAACACAGUCUGCAGGCCUGGAGUCCUGAGCUCAUUCUCUAUGACACCAACGUGACAUCACCAUGCCCCGAAACGGAGGGCUGCACCCUAACUCUACAUUUCCUGCACCCUGUCAUUCCACACAGACUCACACUUUGGGUAACCUAUAUCUCUGCAAACAACCCUGCUAUAGCCAAUGUUGAGCUGAUUACUGAUGCUGGGAACAGCAUUAACCUUGGGCCACAGCAUGUCUACUGUGACAUACCCCUGACGUUGCGGCUCGAAACCAACAACGUGGCAAUAUCUGCUAUUAAACUCUGCACCUUUGAUGAGAAAAUGGAGAUCGACGCAGCCAUGUUGUCUUCAGGCCCAGGCAGCCCUCUUUGUUCCGGUUGCCAACCUGUGCUGUACCGAGUUCAGCGUCAGCCAGCAUUUACCAGCAAAUCCCCUCCGCCUCAGAUGGAGCAAACGUUCACCGACAGCUCUGUUAUUCAGGGAGUGAAGUACCAGUACAGGAUCCAGGUGGAAACAGGCCAUCUCCUCAGCUUCCCCUCUCCGCCUCUUGUCUACACACAUGGACAGACCUACUGUGGGGACGGUGUCAUACAGGGAACAGAAGAGUGUGACGACAGCAAUCUGUUAGAUGGUGAUGGCUGCUCUAAGAAAUGCUACAAGGAGACGGGCUUCAAUUGUCAUGGUGAACCUAGUCAGUGUUAUGUCUUUGACGGUGACGGUGUGUGUGAAGAAUUUGAGCGGGGCUCAAGCGUGCAAGACUGUGGUUACUUCACACCUUUAGGCUACACAGAUCAGUGGGCAUCCAGUGCCUCGGCUUCCCACCAGGACCCCAACCUCUGCCCUGCUCAAGCUGCCACAGGGGAGCCAUCCUUUCCAAAGCUUUGUAGUUUUCAGCACCUGGAGUUGAGCGACAUGCGCUCUGAUGCAUGGUUCCCGUGCACCGCCCAGUCUGACACAAAUAAUGGACUGGAACAUUCUUACUGGAUAAAGUUGGGCUUCCUCCAUCCUGGCGUGGCAGCUACUGUGAUGGUUUACUUGGCCUCAGAUGGUUCGUGGUCUGGGGAGCCAUGGAGGAGAACAGUCACCAUCCUCCUGUCUGACACCACUGGCAAGAAUCACUCACUAGGGACACAUGUCCUCUCAUGCUAUAGGAACCCGCUGGUGGUGAAUGUGACCCACGAUCUCUCCCAGCCCUUCUUUCCUACAUCCGCUGUUAUCCUCCUCUUCUCUUCCCCCUAUGUGGCAGUGAGAGCAGUGGCCCUGAGGACUUCCUGCCACUUCAGCACCUUCGCCCUCACCGGUUGUCUGCAGCAGCCUUGUCAGAUUGACAGCUGCAGUCCUCCACAGAUAAAGCACGCUUCCAUCAGAUGUACUGGAGGAGGGGAAGCCUCCCGUUGCUCUGUGAAGUGUCACCGUGGUUACAGUAUCACUGUUCUCAGUGGCAGGGGGACUCAUCCACAUCAGAGAACGAUCGAGCUGGAUUGUUUACAUGGUUCUUGGGAUCGUGUCGUCAGUUGUGAGCCUCUGGACUGUGGAUUCCCUGAUCAGUCUCAUGUGUACCAUGCCAUUUUUAGCUGCCCUUGGGGAACCACUUUUGCCAAACAGUGUUCCUUUACCUGUGGCCCCCCGGCCAUACUACAAGGUGACAGUGAUAGGCUAACUUGUUUGGAAGAUGGUCUGUGGUCUUUCCCAGAGGCCUACUGCAAGAUCGAGUGCCCUGAAGCUCCAAACAUUCCCAGUUCCAGACUGCUCACAGCAGACUGUCUGGCUUCAGGACACGAUGUCGGGUCCUUCUGUCGCUACAGAUGCAGCACAGGCUUCUACCUGCGGGGGAGUCUUAAAAAGAAGAAGCCAAGGAAAUACUUUAAAUUAGAGUGCCUGGAGGAUGGUCAGUGGGAGGAAAAUGGCUGUGAGCCAAUAUCCUGCCCAGCCCUGCCAGAUGUGUUCCAGGGCAUGUACACCUGCACUAACGGCCUUCACUACAACAGCCGCUGCACCCUGCAGUGCCCCGAAGCCACCGAAAAUAGUGAAAUUCGCUGCAAUAAGGAUGGUAAAUGGACAGCAGAGUUCACCAUGUGCUCCAAGCUCCAGGGUUCAUGCUCUGCUCCCUCCAAUCUUAACUAUGUUGAAUACAGCUGUGACCAGGGCAUGAAUAUUGGUGAUGUGUGCUACCCAUCAUGUGUUGUGGCCCUAAACAUGGAUCUGCAUGACCCAGUGGUUCUAUCCAAUGGAACUACACCUGGAACUCUGAAGCACUGGAUGCUGCCCACCACAGUACAGAGCAUAAUUUGCACCGGGAAGAUGAAGUGGUAUCCUGACCCUGAAAACAUCCACUGUAUCCAGUCAUGUGAGCCUUUUGGAGGGGACGGCUGGUGUGACACCAUCAACAACAGGGCCUACUGCCAGUACGAUGGAGGAGACUGCUGCCCGUCCACUCUCUCCACCAAAAAGGUCAUCCAGUUUGGAGCGGACUGCAGUGAGGACGAGUGCACUUGCCGUGAUCCAGAUGCGGAAGAGAACAAAAGCAAAGUGAAACCCUUGGACUGAAGAGGAGGAACUGGAGGAAGAGGAAUGCAAAAAAUUAAGACAAGAAGGGAAUCUGAACUUGUCUUAAGCAGAAGUUUGAAUCACAUCCCGUUCACCACAGCAACUAGUAAAUAUCAGAUGUGUGACAUUUCUUAAUACAAAUAUUGUGACUAACGUCAGACUUAUACCAUAAAAAGCCAGUUGUUUUUCAUUCCCGCAUAGUUUGUCCUUCGUUUCCUUCCUAGCUAACUUCUUUUGUUCCUAGCUAAGACCUAAAAGGUCAUCUUUAAUGAAAUAUUUGAAAGCUUUUUGGUG